AUGCUGGAUGACCCAAAUCCUACAGAGGCCCAGGAUGCAGAGGAAGGCCCGGCAUUUGGAAUCAUCAGAGUGGAGCCUGGAGACCAGCUAUGGAGCCCCAAGACCCAGCAGCAGUGCACCUCUCCAGUGGGGCGUUGGUGUCCCCCACAACGUGGUUAUGCAGUACUCGGAGCCCUGGGGCUGCUGGCUGGUGUGGGUGUUGGCUCCUGGCUUCUAGUGCUGUAUCUGUGGCCGGCCUCUCAGCUGGCUUCGGAGACCUUGCAGGGUCAGGAGAUGGCUUGGAAUUGCUCAGAGGUCAGCAAUGAAGACGUCCUGCUCCCCUCGCCUCGCAAAACAGUAUCUUUCAGAAUAAACACCGAGGACUUCUUGUUGGAAGUGCAGGUGAGGGCGCAGCCAGACUGGCUCCUGGUAUGCCAUGAGGGCUGGAGCUUGGCCCUGGGGAGACAGGUGUGCCGGCAUCUCGGGCAUCUCAGACUCACGCACCACAAGGCUGUGAUCCUGUCUGAUGUCAAGCUCAAUGGCUCCCAGGGGUUUGCUCAGGUCUCUCCUAGACGCGGAGGCCUCCUGGAGGAGGCCUGGCAGCCCAGGGACAACUGCACUUCCGGCCAAAUUGUUUCCCUCAAAUGUUCUGACUGUGGGGCAAGACCCCUGGCUUCCAGGAUAGUCGGCGGGCAGGCCGUGGCUCCUGGGCGCUGGCCGUGGCAGGCCAGUGUGGCCCUGGGCUCACGGCACACAUGUGGGGGCUCUGUUCUGGCACCACACUGGGUGGUGACUGCAGCACACUGCAUUCACAGUUUCAGGCUGUCUCGCCUCUCCAGCUGGCGGGUGCAUGCAGGGCUGGUCAGCCACAGCGCCAUCAGGCCACACCAGGGGGCAGUUGUGGAGAGGAUUAUCCCUCAUCCACUCUACAGCGCCCAGAACCAUGACUAUGAUGUCGCCCUCCUGCGGCUCCGGACACCCCUCAACUUUUCCGACACCGUGGGCGCCGUGUGCCUGCCAGCCCAGGAGCAGCAUUUCCCGCGGGGCUCGCACUGCUGGGUGUCUGGCUGGGGCCACACCGAUCCCAGCCACUCGCACAGCUCCGACACCCUGCAGGACACGGUGGUGCCGCUGCUCAGCACCCACUUCUGCAAUAGUUCCUGCGUGUACGGUGGGGCCCUUACCCCACGCAUGCUCUGUGCAGGCUACCUGGAUGGGAGGGCGGAUGCUUGUCAGGGGGACAGCGGGGGGCCAUUGGUGUGCCCAGAUGGGGACACGUGGCGUCUAGUAGGUGUGGUCAGCUGGGGCCGUGGCUGCGCAGAGCCCAACCACCCAGGAGUCUAUGCCAAGGUGGCUACCUUCCUGGAUUGGAUCCACGACAUUGCGCGGGUGAGUUUAGAGAAAGAAACUCUGAUGGAGGAGAUACUGGGCUAG